AUGGCACACUUGUUCCAACAAUCGGAUGUGUCGAUGAGUCUGGAGCAGAAGGGCUUCCUUGGCUGCUAUUCAACGUCCGUCGGGUGGACAGAGAUCCUCCUUGACUUUAGGCAAUGGCCUGAUGCUACCGACGAUGAGAAGGGUGAACUACUGCUUCAAGGAUCUCAGCAAGGCGAUCAAGUUUUGGUAUCGAAUUUGCUUGAAGAGGCCGCUCCGGUGGACCAGUGCGACGCGGACGGGAAGACUGCGCUACGCGUCGCUAUUGAUCAUGACCAUGACACCAUCGUGUCAUUGUUACUGGCUAAAGGUGCGAACUGCAAUAUUCCGGACGCAAAUGGUCAGGCUCCAUUACAUGUUUGUUCAGAGCUGGGCAAGGAAACGGUUGCAGAUAUGCUGUUACGAGCUGGCGCACAUGUCAACAUGACGGACACUCAGAACUUGUGGACACCUUUACAUGCUGCCGUCAACUUCGGGUACGGUGAUAUAGCAGUCCGGUUGCUCCGGAACCGCUCUGACAUCAAUGCGCGAGACAAGAAGCAGAGAACACCCCUACAUAUUGCGAUCAGGGUGGGGAACGGUCGUAUGGUCCGCACUCUUGCGCCCAAUUCCGACGUGGACAGCAAAGAUAAAAAGGGCAAAACCGCUCUUUACAUUGCCGCGCGCUACGGGCGAGACGACGGUGCGAAGGUACUUCUCGAUAACGGCGCAGACAGAGACAUCCCAGACUCGGGUCACGGUUGGACACCCUUGCAUCUGUGCGCAAGAUACAGCCGCAAUGAGGUCGCCAAACUCUUACUCAUGAGCCCUUGCAACACUGAUUUGGCCGACAAAGAGGAGGGACAGACAGCCCUACACAUUGCGGCAAACUACAGUUCAGAGAAAUUGGUCGACUACUUGCUUGACGCCAAUUGCGACAUGAACUGUCUGGACCACGGAGGCCGGACGGCACUUUACUGGGCAGCACACAAUGAUGGCGCGUGUACAAGAAAGUUGAUCCGGAAGGGAGCGGAUAUAUUGAAAGGAGACACAACGAAGCUCCGCGUUUUGUUGCAAGACUAUGGCAGGACGACUGAAGAAGCCGAGAACAUGAUGCGUAACGGGGACAGGGACGGAAUAAUCUCCACCUUGAGCGGACGGAGACGUCGAAUCUAG